AUGUGCCCCUGCGCGCUGCACGGCGGCCCCCCCGCUCCCUGCCCCUGCAGCCCCGGCCGCGCCGCCCGGCCCUCGGCCGCCGCCCGCCUGGUCGCCGCCCGCCUGCGCCGCCUGGGCGAUGAGCUGGAGCAGCGGGCGGCGCGGCGAAAGGCGCGGGGCCGCGGCCCCUCGGCCGGCCGCCGCCUGGCCGCCGUGGUGUGCCUGCUGUGCGCCCUCACGCCCGCGGCCGCGCUGGCCUGGCUGAUCCGCAGGAGGAGCCUCUAGGCGAGAGGGGCGCUGGCCGGAGCGGGGAGCAGGCGGGACGCGCAACAGGCUGGAGAAAACCCUGUGCCCUUGGAGAAAAUUGUUUCCCCUUUUCCUACAGGGAAUCCAGAGCCUGAGCAGCAGCUGUGAAGAGUGGAGAUAAAGAAAGAAGUGGAAGAUGUUGGAAGU